AGAUGUUUUGAACUCAAUACUACAAGACAGUGCUAUAGUUCUUAUCGAUGAAGAAGAAUCCAAUGGACUAGUAGAUGGCGCUCAGCUCGGAGAGCCAAAAAUCUGUGGCUAUUCAAGUAAGAGUCAGGCCGAAUUGAACCAAAAUGGAAGAGCCGUGGCUGGGAUUCGGGACUGGCCUUGGAUUGCUGUCCUGUAUACUCCUUCGAACAUGACAGAGCACAUUGGUGGCGGAGUGGUCAUAACUCACAGGCACAUUUUAACUGCAGCACAUCUUUUUAAAGAGAGACCCAAAGAAUAUGCAGUGGUACGACUGGGAGAGUACGAUUUCGACAGGAAAAGAGAAUCCAGAAGUAUGGACUAUAAAAUACUGGAUUUGCGAAAACAUGAGGAUUACGAAGCAGCUUCUCAUCAUAAUGACAUAGCAAUAUUGAAGCUUGACAGAAGGAUUGAGUACAAUGUCCAUGUUCAACCAAUAUGUCUCCCUUCAAAACAAAAUGACUACACGAACACGUUUGGUGUUGUAGCAGGAUGGGGACAGAUUCAAUUCAAAGGCACCUACUCAAAAGUACUCUUAGAAGUAUCACUCCCAAUUUGGGAGCAUGAAAAAUGUCAGCACCGAUUUAUAGAACCAAUUUUCUGCACCAACAUUUGUGCCGGCUUUGAAGAAGGUGGCAAGGAUUCCUGUACGGGUGAUUCAGGAGGUCCUCUGGUGCAACAGAGGGAGGACGGGAGGUGGACGAUAAUUGGAGUAGUGUCCUGGGGAGAUGGGUGUGCAAAGCCGCAGAAACCUGGGAUAUACACAACUGUCAACAAGUUCUUGGACUGGAUAGCGGAGAGGAUACAAGAUGUCGAUGGAGGGGACGAUCCGCCCCUGGAAGAUGGUGCGAUCAGCACAGCGCUCCAACCACCUGCUAUACAAGACCAAGACCAAGACCAAGACCAAUCUGGAGGAAGAUUCUCAUUUUAAGGGUCGAGUCGAAUCAGAUACUACAGUUCUCAACGCUACAUACUUCACUUCACUAAUUCUCCAUUAGGAAAGAGUACACUGCCAUGCUAGGCAUUAAUAAUAAAAAUAGUUAAUUUUAGUUUGUGAUAAAAUUCAAUAAUUUAAAUAUAAUUUGAAUAUUUUUUGUUAUUUUUACAUUAUUUAUAGACCACGUCCACUGCACGUUAUGUAUUUGUAUGCAUUUUAUGAAUUAGGUUAGGAAGAGAGAGGAGAGAAUUUAGGGAAUGAGAAAAAUGUAUAACUGGAGAAAAGGAAGAGAAAGG